CAGGUCUCGUCACUCCCCCACCACACACCACACACAACACACCGCUCGCACCCUUUCUUACAAGGCUAGUCACACUCUCUCUUGCAUCCGCGGCAAGUAACGGCAACACCCAUGGCCAAGGACGAGGUGAUGGAGAGCGGCGGCGGCCACCAGGACUUCGCGGCCAAGGACUACACGGACCCUCCGCCGGCGCCCCUCAUCGACGCCGCGGAGCUCGCCUCCUGGUCGCUCUACCGCGCCGUCAUCGCCGAGUUCAUCGCCACGCUGCUGUUCCUCUACAUCACCGUGGCCACCGUCAUCGGCUACAAGCACCAGACGGACGUCUCGGCGUCCGGCCCCGACGCGGCGUGCGGCGGCGUGGGGAUUCUCGGCAUCGCGUGGGCCUUCGGCGGCAUGAUCUUCGUGCUCGUCUACUGCACCGCGGGCAUCUCUGGGGGACACAUCAACCCGGCCGUCACCUUCGGGCUCUUCCUGGCCCGGAAAGUCUCCCUGGUCCGGGCCCUGCUCUACAUGAUCGCGCAGUGCCUCGGCGCCAUGUGCGGCGUCGGGCUCGUCAAGGCGUUCCAGAGCGCCUACUUCGUGAGGUACGGGGGCGGAGCGAACACGCUCGCUGCGGGGUACUCCAAGGGGACUGGACUUGCCGCGGAGAUUAUUGGGACCUUCGUGCUCGUCUACACCGUCUUCUCCGCCACCGACCCCAAGCGCAGCGCCCGCGACUCUCACGUGCCGGUGUUGGCUCCCCUCCCAAUCGGCUUCGCCGUCUUCAUGGUCCACUUGGCCACCAUCCCAAUCACCGGCACUGGCAUCAACCCGGCCAGGAGCCUUGGAGCUGCCGUCAUCUUCAACAAGGACAAGGCCUGGGAUGAUCAGUGGAUCUUCUGGGUCGGCCCAAUGGUCGGCGCGGCGAUCGCGGCCUUCUACCACCAGUACAUCCUCAGGGCCGGCGCCAUCAAGGCCCUGGGCUCCUUCAGGAGCAACGCCUAAGUUACAAUCUGCAAGCUGAGUAGUGAGCUGAAGCAACGGCGGCCAGUGCCGGGGGAGAGAAUAAGCGCCUUUACCACCUUUCGAAGAGUUUGCCGCUGCAAUAUGGUCGUUUCUGUUGUUUUCAGCAGCUGCAUGCGUGUCCGUGUUCCGCUUCUUCCCUGUAAUCGAAUCAUGCGUGCAAUGUGUUGUUGUACUCCUGUCCACCAUGGGGAUCAUUUCCUUGUGUCUUAAUCAGCCAGUACUCCUGUUCCUAUUUAAUUUAGCGACUAUAUGAAUGAUCGAUCGAGUGCAUUGCCACCUUCUGUCUGAAUCAAUCCGCCAAUUAAGCAAGUGAUUCGUCCCAAA